GAGAUCAACAAGCGCAAGAGGGACUUCGCCCCGGCGGCAAAGCAGGCGGCUAAGCAAGCAUUCGCAGCGGCGGCGGAACAGCUCAAGGCGCGGCAGCAGGAGAGGGAGCUCAUGGAAAGAAGAGCAAGCAAGGUCUACGACGGCGAGCAGGCGGCCCCACCUGGCGCUGACGCGGCCGCGGGCAGCCCGACCGCGGGUGAGCUGUCGGCGGAGGAGACAGAGGAGAAGCGCGAGCUGGCGGAGGCAGCGGAG